CUUUUUUAAACUUGUACUUUUUCUGGGGGAUUGUUUUAUUUUCUUAUCUCUGGAUGAUGUUGACAUGGUUAGCUGACAGCACAGAGGUCGGGGGUUCGAAACCUGGCCAGGAGGCUUCCUGUUGUCAGGGUAAUCUGGCUUUCUCCCGCAGUCCAAAAGCAUGUAAGCUAGGUUCGUUGUUCUCUCUAUAUUGCCUAGUAUACAUGUCAAUUGAAGGAAAAUGCUAAAGUAUGGAAUAAAACGGAACUUAAAAUAUUUCAUCGUGUGAGCAUGCGCAAUGUUGCCCUCCCCCUCUCGUCUCCCUGGGUUACCAUCAACAACCCCGUUAGCUCAAACAGCAACGCUAGCUCGGCUUUGGUUACAUACCAUUUUUAUGUAGCCGGGUGUUGUUUGUGACGACACACGGCAACCUGGCUGCCGUCAGGGUUACUUUAUCGGUAAAUGGUCAGUACUGCAGAACAGAAAGAAGCUUAGGGGCCAACUAGCAUCAGCAAACGCUUGAUGUUAGCAUGCUAAUGCGUGUGAGAGCCAACUGCUCUCCACGGUUGGGUUUACACGAUGACAGAUCAGGAGGUGAGGACACUUGCGUAUACAAAAAGUCCGAAAACAUCGAAAAGAACGACAUUCCAAGAUGAACUCCAGGCUGCUGUGUCUUCCAGGGGAAGCAAAGCAAAAGCCCAGGAACACGCUUAUUAUGGUGACUUUAACGACGAGGAGGAUGAUUUUUUGAACGAACUCCUAAAUUCAAGGAAGAAGAGGAUCGAUGCCUUCAAGGCUGGGAGGAGUAAAGCGACAUUCAACACCUUUGAACUUUCAGACGAAGAGGACCAACGUAGCAGGCCAAAGAAAGUUUCAUUCCUGAAAUCCCAAAGAAGCAGCUCAAACUCAAAAGACACAUCAGCUUCUGAGCCACAGGAGUCCUCUAAUGACGGGAACGUGAAUAAUGAUGAGCUCUUGCCUUCCCAGCACCCUCCAAAUGUUAGUCAUGAGAACUCACAAAUGAACCGCUCUAGUGAGGAACCUACCAAUUGUCCGGUCACGAAACAGACCUCGAGUCUGUCGUAUCAAACAUCAGACGAUGCGCUUUCAUUGCCAUUACCGUCUGACGCCAGUGUGGUGGAGACUCCAGGUCCAGAAGGAAAGACCAGUUCUGUGGUGGAAGAAACCUCCCAGAUGCCGCCAGUAUCUCCACCUCACCGUGACAGCACUGCUUCCGCCGACACCAUUCCAGAGAGAGAGCCACCUAGACCUAAACCUCGGCAAAGGACGCUUGGACUGAAGUCACACCUUUCACAGAAGACGGCGGAGGAGGAAAGUGGUUCUCAGGAUUUCAGCAGACCCCAAACAUCUUCUGUGUCCAUCCCCUUCUCAACUGAUGCAUCCAGCAACAUAGCAUGGACAGACGGAGAUCAGACAGCCUCGUGUAGCCCCGGCAAAUCGUGUUCAAAUAAGAGCGAUCAGUCACAACCCGCCACCAGGUCUACGUUUAAUUCUGGUUCCAGAGAUGACUUUAUGUCUGAUGACAGCAAAGAGCGAGGGCGAGACUAUUCCUCAUCAUUUGAAGAAUUUAACGGACAUCCAGGAGAUCCCUCAGAUUCAAGCUCUCAUGCCCCUGAGAAGUCCUUGGAUACCAAGUCAUCCAGUUCUCACUCUAAGCCCACUGAGAGGUCUCAGAGCGCAUGCUCCAGGAAGGUGGAGUCAAAAUAUCUGGGGACACUCAAGGUUCUGGACCGGAAACUGUCCUUACAGGAGACUUCUCCUCCUGCAGCAGAAACUAUCAGAGCUGCAGUUUACCAGGAAUGGCUGAAAAAGAAAAGGGAAAAGUCGAGAGAAGACAUGCAGCAGAAGAGGAAAGACGAGCUUAUGGAGGAAAAACAGAAGAAGCAGUCUAAAAAAGAAGAUGCCGUUGCGUCUUAUGAAGCUUGGAAAAAAAAGAAGGCAGAAAGCCUCAAAGCCAAGGCAAAAGAAAGACAAAACACGACUAGUAAAGAGCAAAGAGAGAUCGAAGAGAAGGAAGAAAAAAGACGGUCUGCCAAGCAGGCGUUUGAGAACUGGAAGCGGGAGCACGAUCAGCUGCUGAGAGACAGAUACAGGAAGCAGAAACAGACGGAGAACAAGCAGAAGCUGGAGAAGCAGGAGAAAGAAGAGGAGAAGCAGAAAGAAAGCAAAUCUGCCUUUUCUGACUGGUGCAAUAGAAAGAAAGAUGUUCUUCACGAGAAGCUGAGGAAGGAGCGCCAAGAGAUUCAAACGAAAGCAGAGGAAGAGCAAUACAUAAAGGAAGAGAGGGAAAAGAUGGCUUUAGAGAUGUAUGAAAACUGGCUGAAACGAAAGGAUCGAGAGCAGAGGAGGAGAAAAGCCGAAAGACGGGUACAAGCAAUACUUCAGGACAGUCCUCCUCCGCCGUGGAGCCCUCCUAAUAAAACCGUCCCGUCUGGAAAGUGACGUUCUACAAUGCUGUUAUCCUAUGUAUUUAUUUUCAAAUAAAAGCCUCCCGAAUGUGGAUAAAGGUUUUAUGGCUUUUU